GUCUGUUCUCUGUAUCUGUGAGUUGCAUUUCUUCUCUUUCUUUUAGAUUCCAUGUGUCAGUGAGAUUAUACGGUAUCUGUCUCUUUCUCUGAUCUAUUUCGCUUUAGCAUGGUACCCUCGACCUCCAUCCCUGUUGUUGCAAAGGGCAGGAUUUCCUUCCUUUUUAUGGCUGAGUGGUAUUCCAUUGUGUGUAUACGUGCGUGUGUGCUUUAGCCAUUCAUCUGUCAAUGGGCGCCUGGGUCGUGUCCCUGUCUUGGCCGUUGUGGAUAACGCUGCAGGGAACACGGUGUGCAGGUGUCUUUUCCAGUUAGUGGUUCUAGAUGAGUGUCGGAACCCUGAGUCCCGGAGCUGCUGCUAACAACCUAAGGGUUGUUGCUCUUGGUUUGCCUCCUCGGGAGGCAUUGGGACAAAGUUAAACCGAGAUGGGUUAGUUCAAGGUCCUUCCUGUGUACCGUGCUUGAAAGAGAGAUUAUAAGACACUGGACCUCGUGGCUCUGUGGAUAGAAAUGUGGUGGUUGACGUCAGACCGGGGACAUGUUCUGGAGCCAGUGGCUGUCCCUGGGGAGGGAGCUCCUGAUUUCAGCCUGACUCUCAGCUGUUGUGCCAGAUCCGUCCUCUUCCUUUCUUAAUAGCCACCUGUUUAUCAAUGAGGAGCUUUAUCAAGACCAUUAGAGAAAGACGCUAUAUCCCUUCUCUAGAAACGUCUAAACUGGCUUUAAAGGUUCUUGUCUUUAAAAUAACAAGGUGAUGGGAAUUUUUAAAAAAUGGAGCCUCUUAAUUGACCCUUAAUUUCCAUCGAAGUGUUUUUAUAAGGUUAUCAGUGUAUUCAGUAGCUCUCUAGUGAUAGCGUCGGUCUGCACGGUGCUGCUUAUCCAGGCAGUUCGAAGUCCUUGACAGCUGUGUCUCCAUCGCCAGGUGGCUGUGUCCCCAUUUUAUUCCGGGAGCAACUGAGGAUUUUGAGAGAGAAAUAAAUUACCUAGAGAAAGUCAGAUCACAGAGAGGAAUGACCACGAUUUCCUGGCAUUCCUGUUUCCUGUGCACCGUUGACUUUAUCAGGAUGGGCAUGAUCUGGUUAGGGAACUAAUCUCCUGGUGAGUAGUGAGUUGGUUUGAGUUACUCCUUUUGGAAAUGGGUUACUGUUUCUCUUUAUGUAGUGCAUGGAGAAUGGAAAUUCUAAUUCACUUAGCUGCCCCACCGUGAAGGUUAAUGAAUGAAUGCAAGCUGGGUUAAACAGUUGAGGAGAAUGACACGAGGAGAAAUGUUGUUUUAUUAAUGAUAAACUUGGGUUCUGCUCCUGGGCCUCAUGAAAGCGUUUUCCUGUUUUCCACGUGUGGAUGACAGGCGCUGACAAAUCGUAGUGUACUGGCUUUCUGUCUGACCCAGCCAAGGACUUCUUUUAGAAUAUUCCCCCACAAACAGAUGGUUUCAAAUAGCUUGUUACCAAACUGUAAUUAUUAAAUAGUGCUUGGUGUUGUUAAAACAUUAAUGAAAGGCGUUUGUAACCAUGAGAGAUUGCACUCGAAGGAGGCGGUUGUUGUCACCACACUAAUAGGUUUUGAUUUGAGCCUGGAACAAACACACCUGAUGUGCCGGUUGCCCAGCAUUGAGGCCGACGGCCGAGUUCGGUUGGUCCUUUUGAACUAGUCCUGGGAAUCUUCGCUACCCCAGCCCAGAGCUGUUGAUGGAGGCCCUCGGGCCAAUGCUGACUCCAGGGAAUCAAGGCAUUAUUAUUUGGGUUUUGAUUUUCAAAAUCAAAUUUGAUUUUUGGAAAUUUCAUAUAACAAAAAAGGGAAAGAAAAAAAAUCCGGAAUAUCUUUCUCUCGGAGACGUGGUCUGCUUAGAGCUGUGACUGCGUGCUUCCUGCUCUCUUUUCUCCAUGCUCAGAGUCAUUGGGUCCCACCAUGGGGGAUGCAGAGGCCGUGGGGAAGCAAAGUCAGAGGGAGGGAGGAUGGUAUGGGGGGGCUGGACCCAAGCUCUGCUUCUCGCUGUGUGACUUUGGCCAUGUGACUAGACCUCUCUGACUUCAAGUUUUUUCAUUGGCAAAAUGGAGACAAUAACUACCUCAGUGGGUUGUUGUUGAGGACUAAACGGGAGAACAUUUAUUAAAAAACGGUGUCCUAGGCCAGUACCUGGUAGGCUCUUAAUAUUGUUGAGAACAGAAACCAGCUGCUGGAGACCCAAGAUCCUGUUGGCAGGUGCACAUUCCUGUUGAGAAGAGGGCCAGCUGCUCCCAGGGAACAACUUCACCAAUGAGUGCAACAUUCCAGGCAACUUCAUGUGCGGCAACGGGCGCUGCGUCCCUGGCGCCUGGCAGUGCGACGGGCUGCCCGACUGCUUUGAUGGCAGCGACGAGAAGGAGUGCCCCAAGGCUAAGUCGAAGUGCGGCCCCACGUUCUUCCCCUGCGCCAGCGGCGUCCACUGCAUCAUCGGCCGCUUCCGCUGUAACGGGUUCGAGGACUGUCCUGACGGCAGCGACGAGGAGAAUUGCACAGCAAACCCUCUGCUCUGCUCCACUGCCCGCUACCACUGCAAGAACGGCCUCUGCAUUGACAAGAGCUUCAUCUGCGACGGGCAGAACAACUGUCAGGACAACAGCGACGAGGAAAGCUGUGAAAGUUCUCAAGCACUGACCUGGGCAGGUCACAGAAGAGGAAAUCCAGUCAACUGUGAUCCUCGGAGAAGAUGCUCACCCUCCAGGAGACAGGACCAAUCAAACAUGAGCAGCAAGGACCCUCCGCACGCUGGAGAACAUCUGGCCGUGUGUGGAAAACCGGGCAGCGGGCAGGUGUUUGUGACUUCGGAGAACCAGCUGGUCUACUACCCCAGCAUCACCUACGCCAUCAUCGGCAGCUCCGUCAUCUUCGUGCUGGUGGUGGCCCUGCUGGCGCUCGUCCUCCACCACCAGCGGAAGAGGAACAACCUCAUGACGCUGCCCGUGCACCGGCUGCAGCAUCCCGUGCUGCUCUCCCGCCUGGUGGUCCUGGACCACCCCCACCACUGCAGCGUCACCUACAACGUCAACAACGGCAUCCAGUACGUGGCCAGCCAGGCUGAGCAGAACGCGUCGGACGUGGGCUCCCCGCCCUCCUACUCAGAGGCCCUGCUGGACCAAAGGCCCGCCUGGUAUGACCUGCCCCCGCCACCCUACUCUUCUGACACGGAGUCUCUGAACCAAGCCGACCUGCCACCUUACCGCUCGAGGUCCGGGAGUGCCAACAGUGCCAGCUCCCAGGCUGCCAGCAGCCUCCUGAGCACAGAAGAGGCCGGCCACAGCCCGGGGCAGCCUGGCCCUCGGGAGGGUGCCGCCGAGCCCAGGGACUCCGUGCCCAGCCAGGGCCCCGAAGAAGUAUAAAAUCCAGUUAUUCCGAAGUCCACAUGGGUUAAUCUGCUCUGACUUGUUAUCAUCUUAACAACUUGCGCUCACGGGAAGCUCCUCAGGGUGCCUCGGUGAUUUGGGGUCAGCUGUCUCUCCGUUCCUCCUCCCCCAGGUUUCAGGGAUGUUCUCUGGAGGGUGACCUGGCAUUUUUCUGGCCUCUCAGUUGAUGUGAUGCGUUGGGCAUCUUUUCUGGGAGGCUGCUCCUCCUUCUGGGCCCAGGAUCACAGCCCCACUCUUCACGUCCUGGUUCUGUCACGGCUGGAGUCUUGCUGGGUAGGCGGCGUGAGUUUGCAGGCAGCGGGAUGAAGCGGUAUAUGUAGACCUUGAGACAGCAUUGUCUCUGGGUCGUGUUGGAUGUUCAGAAGGGCGGGAGACACUGGACCAGAUUCUCUGUGGGCUGCCACCUGAUAGCUCCAUCUGGGGAUUUGGGUUGGAGGGUGCGCCCAGGAGGCUGUCAUUGGAUGGCCGCCCUGGGGAGAGUCCGGGGGCCUAAGAACCUGCCCUGUGCUCCCCUCUCUGGUGCUGUCAGUACGGCAGAGGCAGUGGCCACAGGAGACUUUGACGUGAGCAACGCCCUUCAGUCAUCAGCAGUGUCCUUUUGGUUUUGUGGAUGACUCUGAAACUGUCUACUCUGGGUAGAUUCUGGCUUUAAACCUUGGCCGAGAAUCCUCUUUUGAGAGCUGUCUCAGCCGAGGAUGUCAUCAGCCUCUCCUGUCGGGGGCUAUCCAAGUGCUCAGCUCCUGAAGUGCAGGCUGCCGCGAGCAGGGCCUUGCUGUGGUCCACGGUCCCUUUGGUCCCUGGCUUCUGGAUUGUCCCCUCCCAGCUGUGACCUGCCCAUAGCCAAGGGAUAAGGACACAACUUGAGGUGGCCAAUAAUCUGAUCCGGCCCUGCGUCCCUAUAACCACCCCCGCUGCCUUGCCCGUUCAUGCACCUGUGACACCAGCCUCCUAAGUCCCCCCAGCACUCGGGGUCCUUUCAUCUGUGUGUCUGGACCGGCCGAUGCUGCGGUUUCUCACCCAGGUGAGAACCAUGUUCAGUCCCUCCCGCCAGAGCGCCCCUCCCCAAGGGCCCAACUACCAGUGCCCAACUUAGGGUCAGGCCCCUCCUGACAUCCCAUAGUUUCUCCUGUGAGCCAUGAACAACAGACAAUUUGGAGUCAAGGUUUGCCAUUCGGACUUUUAAAAAAAAAUCUCUUAGAAAUGCAUUUGGAGCAGUGUGUUUGUUUUCCCCUUCUAGUUAAGGGACUAUUUAUAUGUGUAUAGCAAGGCUGUCUUUUUUUUGUGUGUUUUCCAUUAGUGAGGUCCAAAGAAAGAUGUGAAAGGAGAUGGCACCUUUGUCCCUCGGAGCCCUGAUGACAAGUCACCCCAGACUGACCUGUGUGCCAGGCGUUCGUGCGUUGUUGCACUUUGAGUUAUUAUUUAUCAUAUUCUUGAAGGAAGCAGAAAAAGGGAUGUCCUUUUCCCUUCAUUCACAGUCUCUGUUGUGCUAGCUUUCCUCUUUCUCUGUGCCAGCCAGGCACACCCCCUGGGGAAAUAACGGGUAGAAAGGUGGGCCUUAUUUGGCAAGAAACCACACUGACCGAUGGGGGGCAAAACUGGAACAGGUGGAGCCACUGGGGGUGGCCCCUCCGCCCCGGGCUUCUUUCCGUAGCUGAGAAAGGUGCGCGUCCUCUGAUUAUGUUCAGAUGGAGCCUGCAGGAGCGGGGUGAAGUGGCAUUCAGUGAUUCUGUUCUGUAGGCUUUUUUUUUUUUUAACCAAAAUCCAAAGUAUGUUACAGGAAAGCUAGCCACUUGGUGGUUUUUUUUUUUUUUAAGUAAAUGAAAGGAACCUAGUUGCUUGUAUCUUUCGUUUUUAAAAUAACACUUGAGUUAUUUUCUGAGUAAUCCAAUAAAGAAAGGGUUUUUGAUGGGCGCCAACGUGCUUUGGGAACCCUGGCUGAACCCCACAUCUCCAUGAGUCCGAGGGCUUCAUUCCGCCUUUGAUGGGCCCUGCUUCUUUCUGGUGCUCUGGAAGUUGUUUACAGGAAAGGAUUCUAACUUUAAUUAAUUGUGGGGUGAAUUAAUCUCACACGCUUUUCUGCUUCCAGGCUUCUUAGGAAAAACAAAUGGUCCUAGUAGAUAAGGGCAGCCUAUUAGUGUUGUUUUUUAAAACAAACAAAGGGACAUUUUUAUUAUAGAUUUGAUUUUUUUAAUGAAUGUUUUAAAAAAUAUAUAAGUAGGACACCAAAGCUGCAGGGUUUUUGGGGGGUUUUUUUCCUCACUCAAGAUAGCAAAUAAGUGGCCAGCAAUAUUUUUUAACUCAUUCCAACCAGGAUGUUUUUUUAUACAUUGCCUAAAUCUCUGCCAACGAGAAAACCGUGUCUACUCUUUUCUCAAAUGAGAUCAGCGGGUCCUUUUUGUUUUAACAUUAGAAUCAGUCCACUGUGGUGGAUAGCCUGACUCAGCGCCCUUGACUUUGAAAUCGACAUCCUAAAAAAAUGCAGCUAAGUGGUUACUUAACAGUGUGUGAUGUUCACAGCUGAUGCAAACUGGGAAGGUUGUGUGUGGUUGCUCUUUGGUUUUUGGUUAGGUUUUGUUUUUUUUUUUUAAUUUUAUACUUUCAAAUAAACUUGCAGUUUUCACUCUUU